CGAAUGUGCGACAGCAUGCAAGCAAAAUUGCUCGUGUAACGCGUAUUCGAAUAUUGAUAUUCGAAUGAACGGAAGCGGAUGCUUGCUGUGGUUCGGUGAUCUAAUGGAUAUCCGAACGGUGGAUGAAAGCCAGGACCUUUUUGUAAGGAUGGCUGUCUCCGACUUGACAGUUCAAUCAAUACCGGAAUUUACCUCCAGACCAGCUGGUUCCAACAAAAAGAGGCAAACAAUCAUAGUGGUGGUGUCGAUCUUAUCUAUUCUUGUUAUGGUUAUCUUGAUUUUAGCAAUCUUGUAUGGUAGGAGAAAAAAUAAAAGAUCCCGAGUGAAAAAAAUACCAGCCGUGCAAACCAUUGAUGAAGAGUAUAUCAUAGAGAGCCAAGAUGAUGAUACAGAGUUAACGGCUUUUAGCCUGACUAAGAUUUCGAAAUCCACUAAUGAUUUUGCAAAUGACAAAAAACUUGGACAAGGUGGUUUUGGUCCUGUUUACAAGGGUGUGCUUGAUGACGGACGAGAAAUAGCUGUGAAAAGAUUAUCCAAAACUUCAAGACAAGGAAUUGGAGAGUUUAAAAAUGAAGUCAAAUUCAUUGCUAAGCUUCAACAUCGAAAUCUUGUAAAGCUUUUGGGAUACUGCAUUCAAGGAGAUGAAAACAUGUUAAUAUACGAGUACAUGCCUAACAAAAGUCUGGACUCAUUCAUAUUUGAUAAAAUCAAAAGUUCCAUACUAGGUUGGUCAGAUCGUUUUCGCAUCAUUCAUGGGAUUGCUCGAGGACUCCUUUAUCUUCAUCAAGAUUCACGAUUUAAAAUUGUUCAUCGAGAUCUCAAAACAAGCAAUAUUUUGCUAGAUGUUGACAUGAUCCCAAAGAUAUCAGACUUUGGUCUUGCAAGAAUGUUUAGAGAACAUGAAAAUGAAGCAAAUACGAACAAUGUAGUUGGAACUUUGGGUUACAUAGCACCAGAAUAUGCUGUAGAUGGGAUUUUCUCGGAAAAAUCAGAUGUCUUCAGUUUUGGUGUUCUUGUGUUGGAAAUUGUGAGUGGGAAAAAAAAUAGAGGAUUCUCUCAUCAGAAUGAUAGUGAUAAUCUUCUUGCACAUGCAUGGAGACUUUUUGAAGAAGGCAUGGCAAUGGAGUUGCUUGUUGCGCAUAUGCGUGAGUCAUGUGUAGCCUCCGAAGUACUUCGCUCAAUACAUAUCGGUCUUUUAUGUGUCCAACAUUUUGCAAAAGAUAGACCAACUAUGUCAUCUGUCGUUUUGAUGUUUGAUAAAGAAGGUACUAGCGAUGAUCGCGGGAAGGUGCCGACAUGA